GUCUUAGUGGGAACCGCCUGUUGAACACACGUUCGUGCCGUUUCGUCUUGCGUGCGCCUACUGCGAUUCAAAAGUGUCUGCUUUUAUUAUUUUUUUCUCUCUGCGGUGUGUUCUGGUGGUGCGGAAAGCCUACUGCGGUUUUCGUUUCGAAACGGCGGCGGCGCGGCAUUUCUAUUUUCUUUCACUCAUUCACACGCGGAAAUAGUUUUUCUCUGUCAACAAUGGCCGCAGCUGAUCCGUAAUUCAUGUGCGCCCCAUCCCGGUCUUCCCGUUGCUACGUCGCCGGUCAUAUGCGUCGUCUCCCUUCUGCGCUGUCAUCGUCCGUCGUCACCAGAAACGAGUGUCCGUAUGUGUGUAUGUGAAUGUAUUUGCGCGUGUCAUAGCCUACACGAUUCGAAUUCGCACGCGAGUUUCUUGCGCGGCGCAUUUCUCCCGUCCGUGGUUCUGUUUUGAUCGACAAUUUCGCCGGAGGUGCAAUACCGUUCCGCUGCUGCUGUCCUCGUCGUCAUUGGUUGCGCUUCGACCUUUUGCUUCACUUGUUAUUCUGGAAGUGUGUAUGAUGAAGAAAAAUAAAUUCAACGCAAUGGCGAAACCGUAGAAAGGCAGUUCUACUAAAGGCUCACGGCUCGAAAGUCGUCGCAGAAGAUUUCUUAGCGCGAGUGUAUUUGAUGUGUGUGAUUCUUCACCGAAAUGUGCGCGGCCAGAAUGUCGAAAUAAUUUAUACAUCCCAGUGUGCCUUGGCUGUGCUGUGUAGUACUUCUUAGUCAGAGAAUACGUAAAUUCCAAACCACUGUAAGUGAGAUUCUAGUCAAAAUAGGUGCCAAAGUGAGCUUGGGGGGACAACCGUGGAUAAUCGGUGCGUUGGUAUUGCUGCGACAAUACCGAUGCUUGCAACUGCCGCCGUGUACCUAUGCAGUGCGGAAUACGUUUCGAAUUAGGUGAUUUACUGCGCCGCGAGUGCGUCGGGACGACCACCUCGGAGUCGGGACGACCGCCAAUCAUCCAACCGGAAGCUAAACGUACAAUGCGACCAAGCAAAACGCUGAUCAUAAGGAAGUUCAAGCGUAAUCGUAUAAGGACAGUUCAACGAAGGGCCACUUCGGUCCGCGCCGCGGUCAAUCUCUUCGUGGUUCGCAAGCAUCUGCUUCGUAAAGUUCCGUAGACCACAGAAUUCCGCGCAUUUCUUCAGGUGUUUCUUGCGUUCUUAAGCCGUCUAGCCCCAUUAUGAGCUACCUCGGCGACGGCCAGCAUCAACCGGCGGCUGGAGAUGGCACUGAAGGCAAACAGCUAACGCGUCAACCUUCGUCCUCUCCAAAGCAGCUAGCUCAACAACUACCAUCGCAACAAUCACCGCAAACCUACCAAGUUCAGAACCGCCUGCUGCAGAGUUCCCAGUGGAGCAAAAGCUACGACUCGGUCAUCAACUACUGGAACACUACGGGGCCGUCGGCGGUGGUCGCCACGGCGGCCGGCUAUCAGCAACACUACGCCGGCGGCUACAGCUUGGCGUCCUCUUCGGCUGUCCGGCAGUCGUUUCUUCCGCCGCCGUAUUACCACGACCUCCAGGAGACGUCUCCGCAUUCGGUUUCGUCGGCUUCGUCCGGUAGUCCGCCUGCUGCGCCACCACCACUUGUGACCAGUCCCGCCCUCCAGGGGGAACCGCAGCAGGCCGCGACCCGGUCAUCAUCCGGGAAACUAUCGACCAGUCCCAGUUCGACCAUCACCUCCAAGUUACAUCGCAAAGUAUUACGGAUACCGUCGAAGCGCCUUCCCGGUCGGGUCCAUUCCGGAAAGCUCGCGUCCGUGGCCAGUAAGCUGACCGCGACCAAGCAGCGCCUCCAACAGCAGCAGCAACUUCAGCAACAUUCCCAGUUCCCAGGUCUGCAGCAGCAACAACAACAUCCAGCAGCCACCAGCUGUGAUAACUCCAACGACUCCGGCCUGGGAUUUGACCGGGUCAUCGACAGUACCGGCAGUAAUCCACAGCUGGGAUCCAGUCAUCAACAUCAGCAACAGUACGCGUCGACAACGACCACGACUACCUCGAGCAGUUCUCUGGGCAGCGGCGCAGGUCGGCCAAUCCACCACAGCAGCAACUCCAGCAGUGGCCUACUAAUCGCGGAGGAUGCGAACGUCGUCAUCGUCGAAGGAAGCGCCGGUGAAUCAUUCAUCGUUGUCAGUAGCAACAGCAAUAGCCCUACCAAGUCCAUGGUCCGCAGCGGUAGUUCCGCCAGCAUCAAUUCCCUCAAGCGGUCCCACCUGGUGCUGGAAGAGUCCAAUCCCGGAUCCGGUUCCGGUGGCGGCGUCGCCAAUGUCGAAUCCAGCACCGCCAUUCUCCACACGGUGAACAUUCCGCAGAAAAUCAUCAUCCCGGUUGGGGCUAGCGGAGACACGACCCUUGCACUUGCACCGCCCCCAUCAUCAUCAAAAACAACCCCAUCACCUUCCCACCCAUCAAACACCAUUACUACUAAUAACAGUGGCGUCAAUUCACCAACGGUUAGACGACCAUUAUCAUCAUCGUCGCCGUCGUCAACAGCAAAAACUUUGCCGGUCAAAACCUUGGUAGUUACGAACAGGACGGGGACGGGGACGGCAACGGCGCGGACAACGGCCGCGAAAGUGAUGUCCUCGUCGCUAACGCGUCCAACCACCGGUAGGUUACCGGGCAAGCGGCCACCGUUACUCCAGUCGGCCCUCUCCGGCGGCACAUCGUCCGUCUCGGCGGGAGGAGCGUCGUCGUCAUCUUCGGCCGGCUACACCAGCAUGUCGUCCGACGUCAUAAGCGCCGUGCAGUCACAGUUACCGUGCGCGACACGCGACGGCAAAGUUCAGCUGCAGAUUCUGACCCAACCGGAACAGCAGCACCGGGCCCGGUAUCAAACCGAGGGGUCACGAGGCGCGGUCAAAGAUCGCAGCGGCAAUGGGUUCCCCGUGGUGCGACUCGUGGGCUACGGGAAGCCAGCCGUCCUUCAGGUAUUCAUCGGCACCGACAUGGGCCGAGUGUUGCCGCACAUGUUCUACCAGGCGUGUAAGGUUUCCGGCAAGAAUUCGACGCCCUGCGUCGAGCGGAAGCUCGAAGGAACCAUGGUCAUCGAGGUGGACAUGAAGCCGGAGAACGAAAUGACGGUCACGUGCGACUGUGUGGGUAUUCUGAAGGAGCGCAACGUGGACGUGGAGCAUCGCUUCCCGGACCAGAGCGGCCCGCGGGCCAAGAAGAAGUCCACCCGGUGCCGGAUGGUGUUCCGGACGGCUGUGACCAACGAGGACGGCACCAGCGAAAUGCUGCAGGUGUGCUCCCAGCCGAUUGUGUGCACUCAACCGCCGGGCAUUCCGGAAAUCUGCAAAAAGUCUCUAGUCUCCUGCCCGGCCGAGGGCGGCCUCGAACUGUUCAUCAUCGGCAAAAACUUCCUGAAGGACACCAAGGUGGUGUUCCAGCGGCGGAAGGUCCCCCUCGGCGGCGGGGGCGCGAGCACCUCCGCCAAGCCGCCCAGCCUCAGUGUCAUCCCGUGGGAGCAGUCGGUCGUGCCCGACAAGGAGUACCUUCAGCAGACGCACCUGAUUUGCACGGUUCCGCCGUACGUCACGCAGGACAUCGUGGAACCGAUUGUAGUACAAAUAUUCAUCAUUUCCGCCGGCAAGAAGAGCGAAACGCACAACUUUACCUACACCCCCAAGGGCCAUCAUACGGCGCUGACGGCGUCCACGACGUUGGGAUCCCCGGUCGGAGUGGCAGGAAGUUCCUUCUUCGGAUCGCUGGCGUCGGCCGUGGGAGGCGCGCCAAGUCCGGCCACGGCCAUGCAGGAAGCGCUGGCCGCCGGAGAAGUGGCCGCCAGUGUCAUCGGAGUCGGCGGAGGCCUACCCGGGGGCAGCGUGGGAAAUGUAGGGCUGGGGCCGUCGAGUGCCCUGGCAAGCGGAAGUGGAGGCGGUGGAGGAGGAAGCGGUAAUACUGGCGCUUCGACAAGCUUCAAUCCCCUCAGUUCUAGCUUUAGUGGCCAGCCGAGCGAAGAUGCCUCAUCUAUGGGUGAUGUAGUGCGAAGGUCGAUGUUCUUUUGGGGUUCGCAACAGCAGCAACAACAGCAACAGCAGGCACAAGCCGUCCAGGAUAAGUUGGACACGGGUAUGAUGCCUCCGCCGGUUCAUAUCUUGUCCCUGGCGGGAACUCCCAGCAGUACGGGUCGUAGAUCUUCGCUGCUGGCUGAACAACUUGCCAUGUCAUCGCCCCCUAGCUUUAAAACCGAAUUGAUCGACGAAAGCAGUAGAAGUCCGUUGAAUGACGACUCGCUAGAUAGGUUUCCGGCGACGAGCGAAAGCUCCCUGGACAACAGUCAGAUAAUGUAUCGAAGGCGUAGCGUUCGGCAACCGAGCAUGGACCUGAUGGAAGAUAGUUCCAGCAUGUCCAUGCUGGUGAACGAGAACAGUGCAAUGGAUGUGGGAAGUGUGCCCAGCACGAUUGUCGGCUUCCGAGGCGGACUAACUUCCAUGAUGGAGACGAACGAAAUGAGCAACUCAUCGACGUCUCCGUCGGCAUCCGAACUCAAGGUGAUCGACCUGUGCAUCAAGCAGGAAGCCCACAAACUUUCUUCCGUGAGGAAUCAAAUCGAGCACAUGAUAGCUGCAACAAGUGGUCCGCUGGACACUCUAAACCAAGUCGACGGCAUAAAGUCCCCGUACAAAGUGGAAGAAAUGCUAGGCGCCGCUGUGCAACAGUCAGGCAAACAAGUGAUAGAAUCAACCUUGGCGAGCAUUGUCAGUAGUCAGCAGGCUGCGGCGGCCAUAAUGGAACUAGGUUCAGUAAUGUCGCAUCCCACUAGUAAUCCAUCUUCAAUGACAACUUCACCCCCAAUGAUGCAAACCGACAUCGUAAGCCCCAGUAAUACUGCCAACCAGACGCCACCAGCGCAGGAUGUCAUGCUAAACGCUCAGCCUGCUAUGGCCGUCCAAUCACCGGCCAAUCUCGCUCUGACAUCGAGCCCGGCAUCCAACAACGAUGCUAGUCCCCACCCGCAUACUGCGAUGUCACCGGAGCUCAUUCUCAACCCAUCUGUUUCGCCUUCUUCGAUGAUCUGUUCGCCUGUAAACGCAACUGUUGCCGCAACGGCAGCAGCCGCCGUUGCAGCUGCGGCAGCCGUUUCCGAAGGCAAAAACAUGUUAACGAACCAAGUUCUCAACAACAUGGCCGCCGUUGCUGCCAACAUAAUCGAAUCCCAACCAAAAGAAACCACUCAAGCCGUACAAGACAUCAUUCUCAAUGCAGCCGCCGAGAUCCUAACCUCUCAGGAACCAUCGGUCACCACCCAAACCACCAUCAACGCGUUGAUCACGAUGAAUGCACAGGAAAUGAUGACAACCUCAUGUCAACCCCAAACUCAUACCCAACACAACCUACUACCUCAGUGCCAACCGACCCCGAUGGUUUCGGAAACAAUGGCAGACGCCUUACAACAACAACAACAGCAGCAACAACAAAUUGUACAAAACAUCAUAACAGAAAGCCUUCAGCAACAGCAACAACAAACCGAAUCUCUAAUGGCAAACCUUGCCGCUGCUCAGCAACAACAACAACAACAACAGCAGCAUCAACAAACCCAACAACAGCAGCAACCCCCACCGGAACAGAUGGACAUCGGAAGUGCAAUCAUACCAUACAGCGUACAGCAACCCCCGCAGCAACCUAUGGACACGACGGGACCACUUAUGCCCAUCAGUUCAAUGAUGCAGCAACAACAACAACAGUCACCACCAAUGAUGACCAACGCCAUCGUUCAACAGCCUCAGCAGCAACAGCAACAACACAUACAAGGGCAAUCGAGUCAACAACAACAGCAGCAGCAGCAACAGCAACAAUCCCAGCAACCACAGGUCGCAAGCGGGAACAUUCCGCAGGAGCUUACCAUCAUGUCGGACAACGAUCUCAUUAGCUACAUCAACCCGAACGCGUUCGAUGGAGUAUAGUCGGAGUGGGACCUUGUUUAGACGACAGGGUCAUCCCGAAGUAGGCGGCGUGGGCGGACGGACGGACGGACGACACCGGUCGCCAAUGGCAACGGCGACGAUACGUUGUCCACGCAGCCGUAAACGGCUCGGUUCCGGGUUUCCCAUCGUCCAACCAGCGCACAUCGUUCGCUCUGGGCACUGCGGGGACACAAGUGCUAACCGCCAGUUAUUAUUAGAUUCCUACUGAACGUAACCGUACUCCUCCGGUGCAGAUAGCCGGAUAUUGGUAAGUAUGGUUAGUUUGAACAAAUUAUCAUUGAACUAAGCGGCCAAUCCUAAAAAGAACCAAAUUAUCGAAAAAUCUUGGUUGCCUAGGUAGUAGAACGAAGAAGAAGAAGAAGAAAAAGCGACAUCAAAGGAACCUCUGUUAUUGUUGUAGAUCCCGUUUUAGGUUUUGCAUCAGAAAAAAAAGAGAAAGGAAAAAACGGACCUUUUACCUAUAUUUGUUGAAUCAACAUUCUUAGCCAAAUCAAUUUAUACUAUUGAACAAUGGAAAACUAAAACAACGAAGAUGCUCCUAGUACUAACUCUACUGAUAAUGUUUAGCAAAAUGUGAUACAGUAAAAAAAAAAGUAUAUGUGGGAGGAGUCCUUCUCGAAACUCAUGGAAAGCUUUUCUCUCAGUGUUUCGUCGAAACA